CUGCCGUUAUCUCAUACCAUUUUACUCGUUUGCGAUUCCAUUCCAGGAUAACGUGAUCCAAUCCCUGCGCCUUCCUUGACGCUUGUGCUACCCGAAGUCACCGAAGGCGAACGUGCAGAUGGCGGCCGCCAUCUCGAGGGGCGGCGCGGCGCUCUUCAUCUCUACCAUCAAUACCCGCCUCCAUCACAAUAAAAUGGUCUCCGUCUCUGCCCGUUGCUUCUCCAUCGUCCGCUCCCAAGGGACCUUCACCGGCCGCCACUUCUCGCUCCUCCGCUCCUCUCGAACGGCGAGACUAUACUGCUCCGACUCCCCUCAGUCGACGGCCGCCGAGGCCGCCAGUGCGACGGCGGAGGAAGGCGCUCCUCCUGGUCCCCCUCCGGACCCGCUUCGUGAGUCGGCCGACGCGCUGGACAUCCGGGUCGGGCGCAUCCUCAAGGCGUGGAGGCACCCCGAGGCCGAUUCCCUGUAUGUGGAGGAAGUGGACGUCGGCGAGCCGGAGCCGAGGACCAUCUGUAGCGGUCUCGUCAACUACAUUCCUUUGGAGCACCUCCAGGACAUCAAAGUUGUCGUUCUUGCUAACCUGAAGCCCAGGAACAUGCGAGGAAUCAAGUCAAAUGGAAUGCUUAUGGCUGCUUCUGAUGAAUCUCAUGAAAAUGUUGAGCUUCUUAUACCUCCCGAAGGUUCAAUCCCUGGUGAAAGAAUUUGGUUCGGCUCAGAGGAUGACAAAGAUAAGCAACCUGAUGCUGCAUCUCCUAAUCAGGUCCAAAAGAAAAAGAUAUGGGAGUCUGUUCAACCUCAUCUGAAAUCCACAGAUGAUUGUGUGGCUGUUCUGGGCAUCCACCCUAUGAGGACAUCUGGAGGCAUGGUUACAUGUAAAACUUUGAAGAAUGCAAGGAUAUCCUGAAUGAUUGAUGUACCAAUGCCAAUGUAUCUAUUGUCUCACAUGAAGAGAUGAACAUAUGCAAGAACCACAUAACAUCUGAUUGUGGAAUUUUAUUACAUGAGAUGGCUUCAGUGUCACACUGUGUAGGAGUUUUCAGCAGGUUGAGGAUGGUAUAUUCUCCCACUUUCCCUCUCUCCUCUUUCUUCUCCUGAUGACUUUGCCUUGGCAUCUCUCUGGCCUAUUCUCCCUUAUCAUCUUCUUCCCUUUCUCAUUUUCUUUCUCCUUGUAUGUUCUCAAGGUUGCAUUUUUCCCAUGAUCACUAUUUCUGUUCUUUGAUAUUAUUAUAUUUUGUUAAGAACAUAAGUAUCUAGGUAAUAUCUCAUCUACUAGCUUAAGUUUUUAAAUGAAAUGAUAUUGAAAAAAAA